AUGGUGGGUACAGUGUCUGGUUCUGAUACUGCAUCGAGUAUAAUGAGCGUAGAACCAUUAAGAAGCAAAGUACUGAGGAAACGGCCGCGAGCGGUUAAGAAUUUAGGUUCUGAACCUCUCUCGUCCGAAGAAGACAUGCCUUUGCCGAAAGUUGGAGCGAUCGUUAAAAGAGGAAGAGGCCGACCCCCAUCUACUGGGGAGUAUGUCGGUCUAGCCAAGGCUAAAGCACUUCUUGCUUUGAAAAAAGGAAAGGAGUCAUUCCUUAAAGCGGAAGACGAAAUAGCUGAGUCAGUUGAAAGCGCCCGUGCUGCAAUGGUGCGAAUGACUGAGGUCUUACAUGAAGAUGGAAAAUGUGACACCGAAAUAUCUACUUCGUCCAUUCUAAAAGCCGUCUCGACUAGUCUGGAUGUUGUCCUGAAAGUUGCUUCAAAGUCUGGCAAUUUAAAAGGUACGUUCCAGAGAGCUUUAAGAGACGCAGUUUCUACAAUAAGUGACGCGGUGGAAACACUCGGCACACGGACGGUCACAGAGGAGACCGCUGCUUUGCAAAGCAAGACAACUAAACUAGAAGUUGAUAACGCUCGUCUGCAAGAAGAGCUGGCGGACAUGCGCAAAGAACUUGCUGAAAUCCGAAGUCAGGUGUCAUCAGAGAAAAUCGGUUCCCCUGUUAACGCCUCUGCAGCUACAGCCAAUGCUGUAGUACCCCAGGAGGAACUGAUUCGUGCUAUUAUGAUUGAGGUGGGGACCAUGGUGAAUGCACGAAUUGAGGGUUUAGAAGAACGGUUGUUGCCCGAGAUGCGUCUGCGGCCUGCACUGGCUGCAGACACAAAGAGAACACCAGCAACAGUAAAGGCGAACCCACCAUUGCCACCUUCACUUCGAUCUCAUGAUCUUGGCCAGCCUCGUGCAAAAAAGACCGAUAAAGCAGCGGCCGCCAGUGCUGCUGAUGGCGAAUGGAUCGUGGUUAGCAGGAGAAAGAAACCUACAAAUAAGGAAAAGUUGUCAAGGGAGCAACAGUUGCAAAAGGUUCAGGGCGCGCCUAAAAUACCGAUAGCUAGGAAAAUGCGUACACCUAACUCGACGGCUGUGGUUUUACAACUGCAACCGGGUGCGGAGUUACAAGGUGUAACCUAUGCAUCUGUUUUGUCCGAAGUCAAAGAGAAGAUAGGGGGUGCAGGUCUCGGGAUUAGGUUUAGGAAAGCAGCUACUGGAGCGCGUAUUCUGCAAGUGCCGGGUGCUGAGAGUGGAGAGAGGGCUGAUGUCCUUGCAGAACAGAUCCGUAACGCGAUUGGCCCCGGUGUUCUAAAGGUUUCAAGGCCAGUAAAAACAGCUGAAUUGAGUAUUUCGGGUUUCGACGACUCUGUGACGUCGGAAGAAGUGGCUGCAGUGGUGGCACACACCGGUGCAUGCCCGGUUGCGAGCGUCAAAGUCGGAAACAUACGAGAGCACGGUAUGAGUGGUGGUUCAGUGGUGGUGAAGUGCCCCAUUACUGCAGCCAGUAAGUUAGUUGGAACUGAUCUGCAGGUUGGUUUAGUAGCGGUUAGGGUGCGGCUACUUGAACCUCGUCCGCACCGCUGUUUCCGCUGUCUAAGGAACGGACACAUUGCUGCCAUCUGUACUGACGAAGUAGAUCGCUCGGGUUUGUGUUUUCGGUGUGGACAAGCAGGUCAUCAAUCACGAAAUUGCAGCGAGUCACCGCACUGUCCGAUCUGCGCUGCUAGCGGAAAAUCUCCUGCACAUAAAUUGGGUGCUAAAGUAUGCAUAGAAAGUGCCCCAAAUUUGAAAAAUAGCAAGAAAGCUCAAGUGAAGAAGACUAAUGCCGUGCCGCAAGCAGUUGCAGAUACGGAUAGGGUGCAAGCCAUGACGAUAUAA